ACACCAUGGCUCGCACUAAGCAGACUGCUCGUAAGUCGACCGGUGGUAAGGCUCCGCGGAAGCAGCUAGCCACCAAGGCGGCCCGCAAAAGCGCCCCGGCCACCGGCGGUGUGAAGAAGCCGCACCGCUACCGGCCGGGCACGGUGGCGCUGCGCGAGAUCCGGCGCUACCAGAAGUCGACGGAGUUGCUUAUCCGUAAGCUGCCCUUCCAGCGGCUGGUGCGCGAGAUCGCGCAGGACUUCAAGACCGAUCUGCGUUUCCAGAGCUCGGCCGUAAUGGCGCUGCAGGAGGCGAGCGAGGCCUACCUGGUAGGACUGUUUGAAGAUACCAAUCUGUGUGCCAUCCACGCCAAGCGCGUCACUAUCAUGCCCAAGGACAUCCAGUUGGCCCGCCGCAUCCGCGGUGAGCGGGCUUAAGGCCAUUUGUUACUAAGCAGACCAU